CUGCGGCAGGGCUGGGCGGCCCCGUGCCCCAUACCCCUGCCCUGGGGCUUGGGGAUGGGCCAGUGGCAUAUGGGGGCUGCCUCCUCCUGGGGUGGGUUGGGGGUCCCCAGCCCCAUGCAGGGCAGCAGCCGCGGGGAAGCUGGUGUCUGCUGCGGCCCGGCCCAGCCUGGCCCCACCUGUGCCUGUCCGUCCUGCUGAGUGACACCCCGGUCCCGUGUGGCUCCCUGGGAGAGCGGAGCCAGACACGGGGAGCAGGGCCCGGUGCUGAUGGGGGCGGUCGGCUCCACGGGGGGCAGCGCGGCACCCUCAGCCGGGGACCGCCGGGGCAGGCAGGUGCACAACCUGCAGGAGCUGCGGCGAAGCGCCUCGCUGGCCACCAAGGUCUUCGUGCAGCGCGACUACAGCGACGGCACCACGUGCCAGUUCCAGACCAAGUUCCCCCCGGAGCUGGACAGCCGGAUCGAGCGCCAGCUCUUCGAGGAGACGGUGAAGACCCUCAACAACUACUACGCUGAGGCCGAGAAGAUUGGGGGCAGCUCCUACCUGGAGGGCUGCUUGGCCUGCGCCACCGCCUACUUCAUCUUCCUCUGCAUGGAGACGCACUACGAGAAGGUGCUGAAGAAGAUCUCCAAGUUCAUCCAGGAGCAGAAUGAAAAGAUCUACGCACCGCGGGGGCUGCUGCUCACCGACCCGCUGGAGCGUGGCAUGAGGGUCGUAUCCUCCUGGGCAGCGGGCCCUCCCUGCCUGGUGCGCAGCGGGCACAGCCUUGGCCCUGGCCCCCGCGGCCUCUUCACGUAG